GAUGAUGUUGUUCCGCAUACUUAGUACUGUGUUGAGUGUCACUCUCUUCAUGAGAGGGUGUGCCGCACAACUGGCAGAUUGUGGCAUAGCCCCUCUUAAUACAAGGAUAGUAGGAGGACAGGAUGCUCCUGUUGGUGUGUGGCCAUGGCAAGUCAGUCUUCACAACACCAAUGGACAUUUCUGUGGUGGAUCACUCAUCAACAAUGAAUGGGUUCUGACAGCAGCUCACUGCUUUCAAAGUACUUCAACUAGCGGCCUGACUGUGUACCUGGGGCGACAAACACAGUCAGGAACAAAUACAAACGAGAUCUCCAGAACGGUCUCUCAAAUCAUUAAACAUCCAAACUACAGUUCCAGCUCUUAUGACAAUGAUGUCACUCUCCUGCAUCUGUCUUCACCUGUGACAUUUACUGACUACAUUAGACCAGUCUGCCUGGCAGCUGCUGACAGUACAUUCUUCAACCGCACUGCGAGCUGGGUCACUGGAUGGGGAAAUAUUCAAACCGGUGUUUCCCUGCCUUCACCGGCAACUCUACAGGAAGUGCAAGUGCCUAUUGUUGGAAACAGGCAAUGCAAGUGCCUUAAUGGAAUCCAAACAAUCACAGACAACAUGAUCUGUGCUGGACUAAUCGAAGGGGGGAAAGACUCCUGUCAGGGUGAUUCUGGUGGACCUUUGGUCAGCAAACAGGGCUCAGUCUGGAUCCAGUCUGGGGUUGUGAGCUUUGGUGAAGGAUGUGCUUUACCAAAGUUUCCAGGUGUCUAUGCCAGAGUCUCUCAGUACCAGACCUGGAUCACCCAACAGAUCAACCAGCCAAAUAACCAGCCAGGCUUCAUCAAAUUCAUCUCCAAUGGUACUGAUGGUGAUCUCAGUGUCAGCUGUAGUGGUUUGCCUGCCAUUACAUCAACUGCUGCACCUGCAACUACAACCGCUGCACCUGUAGUGUGUGGAAGGGCUAAACUGAAUCCCAGUGUGGGAGGAAACAACUCUCUGGCAUCUACAGGUGUAUGGCCAUGGAUGGCCAGUCUGCAACUUAACGGUAGUCACAUUUGUGGAGGAGCGAUGGUUGCUGAACAGUUUGUCAUGAGCUCUUCUAGCUGCUUUUCAAGAUCUGCCAAUGCCUCCGAUUGGACCGUGAUCCUUGGCCGUCUGUUCCAGAACGGCAUCAACCCAAAUGAGGUCUCUGUAAAAGUAGCGAACAUCACAAUCAGCAAUUCUACAGGUGACAACAUUGCAGUCUUGCAGUUGGCCAGUGCACCAAAACUCUCCGAUUUCAUUCAACCCAUAUGCGUGGACCUGGAAGAUAGUACCUUCAGUGCUAAUUCUCCAUGUUGGGUGGCAGGCUGGGGCUCAGGAGCAGGAGGAGCUAAUCAAACUCUUCAGGAAUUUCAAACCACUAUCGUGAAUUGUGGGAACUCAUUCUCAAACAACAGUAUUUGUACAAGUUCCCUGAACUUGCAGGAGGGUAAUCAAGGGGGUGCACUGAUGUGUAAGCAGGGUCUGUCAUGGAUCCAUGCUGCUGUUCUGACAAUACAGAUCAGCACUACAAACAGCAGCACAAAUACAAGCUCCAGUAACAGCACUGCAGUGAGCAGGUCUGUUCGUGCUCAAGACAUCCAGUCCUUCACUAAAACCUCCAGCUAUGCGUCAUUCCUGAGAUCUGUGGUGGGUUCUUUCCCUCAGAAAGUUACUUCAGCCUCCACCAGUGUCUCACAAAUGUCUUCCUUCUGUUUUACCACUGUCCUCUUGUUCUCGAUUCUAGAGCUCACAAUUUAUCAAGACUGAAAUCAGUUGGGUCUUUUGUGUUGUAGUCUUUUGAUUAACUAUGUGACUGUGAACGUUCAGACAAACAAUAUAUGUUUUUAAUUUAAUCUUUAUCAUUAUAAACAUGCCCUAAUCAUAAAACUUCAAAGCAUUUGCUUGGUCUAUUCGAUUUAUUUCCGAAUAUGAAAUAUUCUUCAAGCUUAGUGUAAUGUUUUGUGUUAAUCUUUGUUUUAUUUUUUGUUUAUUUUGAUUUACUACUUCUAGUCUGUCUUUGAUUUUAAAAGAUAAUUUAUAGCUUUUAUUUUGAAGAUCUUUUUUGUUCUUAUUUCUGUUCACUGAUUCUUUGCUGAUUGUGUGUGUGUGUGUGUGUGUGUGUGUGUGUGUGUGUGUGUGUGUGUGUGUGUGUGUGUGUAAAUUACUUUUUACAGUUAGUUAGUUUUUAACUGUAUUUGCACUGCAACAUGGGUAAUUUCUGUAAUAUCCCCACCAAACUCGCUUUUGAAGCAAGUACAGACCACUCUGUGGCCAUCUUUGGAAUGCUCUUGACCUUGCCAUAAUUUGGCCAGCUGUCCAUCCAUAGAUUUCCGUUUGGACGUUCAUUCAGUUCACCACAGAAACAGCCGUCAGCCAGAUCAGGCCCUCUCAUUUGUAGCCAGCUGUUGAAGUUUAUAUUAGGUAUCAUGCUUUAAUGAAUGGAUUAUUACUCAUGUGUUGUGUUUAAUAGGCUCCAUUUUUCAGUGAAGUUACUGUAACAUGUUUACAAAAAAUGUAUGACUUCUGAGUAUUUUAUAACAUUGCUGUAGUUUCAAGAUUCCCUAGGUGUGUGUGUGUGUUUUCUUAUUUACUUUUACCUCAGUCACAGAAAUGCACAAGUCACAUUCCAUUUAACAGUGGACAAUUUAAAAUUGCAUCUAAACCCCUCUAUAGGUACAAGGUGAAUAUAUGCGCAUCUCAAGUUGUUUAUAAUUUUACAGAUUUCAUAGCACAGUAAUGAACAUAUUCAUUUGUUUAGCAAGGUAACUAUUUAUUAUUGUAAUUGUUAAAUGGCUUGCUUCUGUAUGUUAUUUUCAUGUUUAAUAAAGUAUAUUUCAU